UUCCCUCCUCUCUGUGCCAGACGGAGCAGCAGACGCGCUCAGACAGACAGAAGGUUAAACAUGGAUCCAAACACGACGAUUCUCAGAGUCAAGAGAAAAAGGGGGAUCGACCCCGCAGAUGCCUUGCUGCUGGCAUGUAAGCGUAUCCGUCCAGAGCCGUCCCAGAGCUCAGGAGAAACGGUACCGGAGCCCAACGAGGCCGAGAUAGAAAACUCUGUCUUCAAACUCGUGGCGACCGUCGCGACGCAGGAUGCUCCUGUUCAGACGCAGGUCCGACAGGCUCUGGCUCGGCCUCGUAUGGCCCACCCACUGCGCCCUUCUGCUGCGAGCAAGCAGCGGAUAGUUGGAGACCUGAGGAGCACAAAGUGGAGUACACGGAGGGAAGAACGCUACAGAAUACUGUCAAACCUCCGUACAGGGGUGUCAAGCCCAGCUGAGCACCCAACCCCCCAGACUGAUGCACCAGAGGGUGCAGAGGAGACUGGGAAAGAGCAUAAAACAUGUCUGGGUGAAAUCCAGGUCGUAGAUCUUGUACAUGAGGAUGCAGAGGAAGAACAGGAAGACAAGCCUUCUGGCAAAAUGCUGUCCUCAGAUCCAGAAGUGAUCCUGUGUAACAACAUGAAGAUGCUGCGGGAACGUCUGAGCAUAUCUGGAGAGAGACUCGGAGAGGACCAACAGGAGCAGGAGGCCGACUACGUCUAUGACCUUUACUACCAGGAGACGGUCACACCGGGCUGGAUCCAGGACAUCCUGUCUGUCAGGGCCUACGCCGAUGAGGGAGAACUGGUGCCUGAUGUGGUUCACGAGGAGGAGGUGUAUGAAGAUGAAGACGAUGAAAACGAGGAAGGCAACUGGAGGAAUGACUACCCCGAUGAAGGAAGUGACGCAGACAGUGACCGAGAGGAGCGCUAUGGUGGUUACUGGGAGGAGGAGCACUCGUACAGCAGGAGGAGCUGGGAGCACUACCAAAGGGAGGUGCUGCAUGAGCUGGGCCGCCAGGGUGAAGAUGAGGAUGAUGAUGGGGACAAAUAUGAUUCAGAUUGAUCAGGUCUCCUAACCCACACCUGUCAGUGUAUCCUCCAAACAUCCCUUUUCACAAACCCCACGCUCCGUAGCACUCUGUAUAGCUGAGGGGAGACGUCUGCAAGAUCAGCAUGGAACAGAACACUCAUCAGAAUUUAUUACAGUUAAGUGAAACUGGGGCGGCAUCUGCUAUACCCC